CGUGAUUGCACUGGAAAGAGUCCAUCCAGUGUGGUGUAGGCUGUGGGAUCAUUCUCACUCCUGCCUACUACACCGGCGCGCUGCACCGCCCGCUCCAUUAGUAUUACUGGAGGCUUAUGGGGAGCUCAGUAACGCCACAUUUAGCCUAUGGGCGGAUGCACCAUCACUGCCCUCUCCACCUUAGACACACACCAGAAAGGACUGCUUUCCUCCUAGCCACACGUAUAUAUCUGGAAAUACUUUCGGAACAUCACAAGUACGUCCAUUAACAAACAAGUACAUAUUAGCGGCAGAUUUGGUUGUGUUUUUGGACAACACCUCGCUACUUUUAUAGACAUUUUAUUACUUGUGUCUGUUUCGGUUAUGGCUUGUGUGCUGGACUUAAAAGGUGAACGGUGAUAUUGUUUCCUUGUAAAGGACAGGAGCGCAGUGAAGCAUGGAGAAUGUGACACUAUUUGGGAAUGAUAACCAGACUCUAGGCAUAUGGACCGACCAAAGCAUCGAGUACAAAGUGGUGAGUGUGUUGAUGGUGAUAGUUAUAUGCGGCGCCGGGAUCGUGGGGAAUGUGAUGGUAAUCCUCGUGGUGCUCACCACCAAACACAUGCGGACUCCCACUAACUGCUACCUGGUGAGUUUGGCGGUCGCAGACCUCAUCGUGCUGACGGCGGCGGGUUUACCUAACAUUACAGAAAGCUUGUUUGGGGGGUGGGUAUACGGUUACGGCGGCUGUCUCUCCAUCACAUACCUGCAGUACUUGGGCAUCAACGCGUCCUCCUGCUCCAUUACAGCGUUCACCGUGGAGAGGUACAUCGCCAUCUGCCACCCGAUCAAGGCGCAGUUUCUCUGCACUCUUUCCAGGGCCAAAAAGAUCAUUGUCCUUGUUUGGGUUUUCACCACUCUUUACUGCGUAAUGUGGUUUUGCCUGUCCGACAUCGAAACGCAAAUCUACGACAACAUCACCUUAACCGUGUGCGCUUACAAGGUAUCAAGGACACUAUACAAGCCGAUAUACUUCGCUGACUUCACUUUGUUCUACGUGGUUCCGCUCCUGCUGGCCUCCGUGCUGUACGGUCUGAUCGCCAGGAUCCUCUUUCUCAACCCCCUGCCCUCGGACCCCAAGGAAAAGGCGCAAACCUGGAGGAAAGGCUCGUGCGCAGAGAGCAAAAAGCACUCCAAGAGCUCUUCUUUUGGAAGCACAGCGGCCUCGCGAAGACAGGUAACAAAGAUGCUGGCUGUGGUGGUGAUUCUCUUCGCAUUGCUUUGGAUGCCCUAUCGUACACUGGUGGUGGUCAACUCGUUCCUAAAAGAUUCCUAUUCUGAUGUGUGGUUUUUGCUCUUUUGUCGACUCUGUGUCUACCUGAACAGCGCCAUCAAUCCUGUUAUCUACAACGCUAUGUCUCAAAAGUUCCGUGCUGCUUUCCGCAAGCUGUGUCACUGCAAGCCACAGAGCUCACAGAAGCCGGCGACAUACAGCGUGGCACUGACUUACAGCGUAAUCAAGGAGACCUCCAAUGGGCAGAGUCCAGAUCACUACCCCACAGAGAUGGAGGAGCUUCCGGGGCCUACAACUGAAUUCCUGCCUGGAAGAAAGAAGCUUUCAUAUAAGGAGUCCUCACUGUCAGAUAGCAUGUUAUCUACAGCCUAGUUUUGUUUUGGAUAGAUAUUUGUUCAUAGCCAUUGAUUGGUAAAUCAGUCUAACUUUGUUACAGUGUUGAAGAAAAUAGGACCAAAUUUAGUCUGAUUGUCCGUAAUGGUUCUGGUGUGUUUUAACAUUUAGUAGCAAGGUGUCAUGAUGUAGGUUAAAUAUACAAAAGUGGCCAUAAAGCACUAAGUCUCUUCUCAAUAGACUUAGUGUCAAGCAAACAAAAAGGCAGAGAAUGCACAGGAAAUCUCUCGAAUUGUCCUGCCCAGAUGAUUAACAGCCUUGUGUCCUCAAAGCCCAGCUCACAUGGGUUAAUACAGCUACUGCACAAUGCAUCAACGUUAAACACCUCACCAAUGAGAGACUUGUUACAACGAUGCUUUCCACGUUUACAUUCCACUGAGGUAUCAGAAACUGAUCUGCUUUAAUGGAUAGAGGUAUUAAGCCUGCAUCCUAUGUCUUAUUUAGUUCAUGUCUAUGCCGUGACACAGUUUAGAAAGCUUUAAAGAAUGUAACCUUUAAAAAAGAAAAUGCAACCUGGUAGAACAUACCAUACUGUGGCAUUGUGUGAGCAUGUUUAGAAGAUAAAAAAAAGUUAAUUUGCAUAUAAACAUAACACAAAGAAUAAAAGAGAGGAAGAAUAUACAGCCUGAUCAUUCUUAUGUUAUUAUGUAAAUGCGUUAUUUAAAGUAAAGGUGGUUAAUAUGGCAGUGUAAAAUGUCAUUUUUCUUUCUUUUUUUUGUUAUUUUAACUGCAAUGUGUGUAGCUUUAGAUGCAAGACUGUGUUCCUGAAUGUGGUCUUUGAUAUAGCAUUAAAAACUUUAUAGAAACUGGUUUAAAAUAAUAAUGCACUCUGAUAAAUGUUCAUGUGAUAGAAAAAAUGUUUGGUCCAUAAGGUUACCUUUCUUCACACAUACUCUGGAAAAAACAUUCGGAAUGUACAAUGCCAUGCUGUGUAAUGGUCAGUCACUAAUCUUUGUAGUUCACUGACUGAAUGUUUAAAGUAUGCACAUGAUAUUCCUUGCUGUUGUUGUGAAUAUUUAUAUUUUGUAAGUUGCGCCUUGUCUUGAAUAAACUGAUAGAAUAGGAUUGUUA